GAGUUGCCGAUACAAAGUAAUCCUGAGCCACCUGUAGAAUCAAGGCCUCACGGUCAACACACACACACAUAUACACACAUACACACGCACGUAUCUGUGUGUGUGUGUGUGUGCUAAGGAAUCUAUAGAGGCUUCUUUAGACUCCUUUGGUGAACCGGACCGAAACAGCUAGCAACAGAUCCAGGUGGCGGUUCCCGCGCAAAACUUGUGUACGUGUGGUGCUUGUGUUUGUGUGUGGACCGCGCCGCCCGGCACCUGUCCUCCGCCUCAGAAGCCAUGGGAAUUUCAGAUAAGAAGGAUGUUAACCUACCGUGGGUGGAGAAGUACCGGCCAGCAACUUUGCAAGACCUGAUCUCUCAUGAGGAUAUUAUUUCCACAAUUGAGCGCUUCAUAGAUGCAGAUCACCUACCUCAUCUUCUCCUAUAUGGACCACCAGGCACAGGAAAGACUUCCACUAUUUUGGCUUGUGCUCGUAAGCUUUAUACACCAAAGGAAUUCAAUUCAAUGGUUUUGGAGUUAAAUGCCUCUGAUGAUCGUGGUAUUGGUGUUGUGAGGGAGAGGAUCUUGAAUUUUGCCAGUACACGGACCAUUUUCAAAUCAGGUUUCAAAUUGGUUAUUUUGGAUGAAGCUGAUGCCAUGACAAAUGAUGCCCAAAAUGCAUUAAGAAGAGUAAUUGAAAAGUUCACUGAAAAUGUUCGUUUUUGUCUCAUCUGCAACUAUUUAAGCAAGAUUAUUCCUGCCAUCCAGUCCCGCUGUACACGGUUCAGAUUUGGACCCCUUACUUCAGAGCAGAUCCUUCCCAGGCUGAAUUAUGUUAUAGAAGAGGAACAGAUCAGUGUAACUGAGGAUGGCAGAAAAGCCUUGUUGACCCUUUCUGGUGGAGAUAUGAGAAGGAUCUUAAAUAUUCUUCAGUCUACAUCAAUGGCAUUCAAUGAGGUAACAGAAGAUAAUGUAUAUUCGUGUGUAGGCCAUCCAUUACGUUCAGAUAUCACCAACAUCCUGAACUGGAUGUUGAAUGAAGAAUUUGAGACUGCCUACAAGAAAGUGGCUGAACUGAAAGUGGCAAAGGGACUUGCUCUUCAUGAUAUCUUAACAGAACUCCAUACAUUCUCACACAGAAUUGAAUUUCCAGUGGAAGCAAGAGUGAAGCUAAUACAGGACAUGGCAGAGAUAGAAUGGCAUCUCUCAGCCGGGGCAUCUGAAAAGAUACAACUCUCUGCAGUCAUAGCAGCAUUUGCAAAAGUCAAGUACAUGGUUGCAGAGAUGGCAUCCACUUGAAUUUAAAGAAUAAUGAAGCAAAGGAAUAUUAAACCUUGUCUUUGUAUUGCUAUUAUUAAAUCAGGCAUUGGAAUUAAAGGCUGACAUCCUCCUUAGAGGGGCAUAUGCGAGACAGUAUGUUGCACCAUACAUCAUAACAUAAGAAUAAAAGUACAGGUUACUCAUGAAUAAAUAUUUUUCUAUGGUAUACUUUUCAUGUUAUUCAGCAUCAUGUCUUUCAUUAUUUUUUUUUUGCGGAGAGUCAAUAUUGAUUGUCACUGGUCCAUCAUUUUCAAUGUGCACUUGCAUCAUUGCUCCAAACUUUCCAUCUGGAAAGUAAUGGAAAAUAUUAAUCACUAUAAAAUGGUUCAUUUAUAAUUUCACCAAUAACUGCAGUAUUCCCUUCUAUAACUGGGUUAAUGAGGCUGAGUCACUUAAAUAUGGAAAAUCCCAGAUAUGGUGCAAUGAUCUGAAUGAACUCUCAAAGCAGGAUCAGCAGACUGGCAAGAAAACUGUGAAGAAUGUUGCUCAAGAAGUUGUCAGUACAGUAAAACCUUCAUAAGCUGACAAAUAAGUGAAAUAUUAAAUUAAGACUCCAAUAAGGCAAUUUCUGCAAAAUAUUUGAAAGUGAGCAUUGUAUUUACUAAACCGAGUCAAGCCAGACCAAGCUUGGCAUAAUCUUUGCAAUAAUAAUUACUCCACAGGUUAUGACAAUGCUAAGGAAGGCUGCUGGUCCUGGCUUUGGCUGAAUAUUAGAAAGUUUAGCCUUUGCAACACCACCUCCCUGAUGCAAUCUUGUUUAUAGCUUUUUGCUGCAUGACUGUUUUGAUCAAAAGCUUUCCAGGAAUGAAUUUUGGGCCAUAAACUUCAUGUAAUUACACUUACAUUACAAGUGCAGUGCUGUGCUCUCUGAGAGAAAUAAUGUCCUACUUUGUGAUAUUUAAUUGGAAUAAUAGUAAGGGCUGUCGUUUAUAUAUCUGCUUACAAUUGGUCCCCACCUUUGCUCUAUCACUAGGUGGGGAAAAAAAAUAAACAAAUAAAAAAUAAAUAAAGAAGUCAAAAGUGUUACAAUGAAAUGCUGUGAACUGAUUAAAAAAAGUUAUCCAUCUGUAGGUUAUAAACCACAAUACUGUAAUAUUUAUCAA